AUGGCUCCGGAAAUUGUGUCAGUGAGAGGACAAAUGGUAAAACCAACGAUUCUAACCAAUAAUAUUACAUCAAACAGGGCGUAUGUUACGUUCUUGGCUGGAAAUGGCGAUUACGUGAAGGGAGUCGUUGGUUUGGCUAAGGGUUUGAGGAAGGUUCAUACUGCGUAUCCGCUCGUGGUGGCGGUGCUUCCGGAUGUUCCGGAGGAGCACCGCCGUAUAUUGGAAGCUCAAGGUUGUAUCUUGAGGGAGAUUGAGCCCGUUUAUCCACCUGAGAAUCAAACUCAAUUUGCCAUGGCUUAUUACGUCAUUAAUUAUUCCAAGCUUCGUAUAUGGGAG